GGCCAAGAAGCGGCUCUGGGAUUGGCGGCUGCGGGAUGUUCAAACAACUAUGUGACUUCCUGAUUGGGUGGUCGCUGCCGCGGCAGGCCGGGCUCCCUCCUCGCGCUCGGGCGGGUUAUUGUCUGGCGGCUCCUGAGGCGGCUCCAGCGCGGACUCGGGACCGGAGCUCGGGCGGCGGCGGCACCAUGGCUGGAGGUAAGGCGGGAAAGGACAGUGGGAAGGCCAAGGCCAAGGCCGUGUCACGCUCACAGAGAGCCGGGCUGCAGUUCCCUGUGGGCCGGAUCCACAGGCACUUGAAGACUCGCACCACCAGCCACGGACGAGUGGGAGCUACUGCUGCCGUCUACAGUGCGGCCAUCCUUGAGUACCUCACUGCAGAGGUGCUGGAGCUGGCGGGCAACGCUUCCAAAGAUCUGAAGGUGAAGCGGAUCACUCCUCGCCACUUGCAGCUGGCCAUCCGCGGGGAUGAGGAGUUGGAUUCGCUCAUCAAAGCCACCAUUGCUGGUGGAGGUGUAAUCCCCCAUAUCCACAAAUCCCUCAUUGGCAAGAAAGGACAGCAAAAAACAGCAUAGAGGGGGAAAAAAAGAAAAAGAACAACGGCGUACCUGGGACGAGAAAUCGUGGGGAUUCAUGGAUUUUUGGGGUUUUUUUUAAGGCAUAGUUUAAAGGAAGCAAAUAGAGGAAUUGCCUGUA